AUGAAGUUGUCAAUCAUCACUACGCUGCUCGGCUUGGUGCUGACAGCGUCUUCCGCCGUUCAAGCGACGCCAGCCAUCCCAUCGCAGCUCACAACUGACGAGAUUACACGCAUCAGCAAGCUUUCUCGCGCCGAAAAGCUCGCCUUUGCCGAAAAGAUCCUCGAGAUUCGAACCGCCUACGAGUACGAAAAGCAACAUGGUGGUGCGCUUUUGCACAAACGUGCUUCUCCCUCGGGCUCGUUCGCUCCGGCUAACAUGGCGUGUCCUCAGCGUACCUCGCAGCAGGCACCCGGGUUUAUCCGCGACGCCAACACAAAGCAGCUUUCCAACGGCGAAGCGGAUUACAUCUCGCGUAGGAGGCAGAACACGCGUUCGGGCUGGCAGAAGUGGUUGUCCCAAGCAAAACUCGAUUCGGUGCUUCCCGGUGGUGCGUCCAACUACACCAGCGACACGGAUCGUCUGCCCAGGUUGGGUUUCGCGUUGAGCGGUGGUGGGUUGCGCGCUAUGCUUGUCGGCGCAGGUACGCUGCAGGGCUUCGAUGGCAGGAACGAGACGGCCAACAGUCGUGGCACGGGUGGAUUGUUGCAACUUGCCGAGUACGUUGCUGGUUUAUCCGGUGGAAGUUGGGCCACCGCGUCGCUGAGCAUGAACAACUGGGCGACGACUCAGUCGCUCAAGGACUCGAUUUGGAACUUGGAGUCCAACCUGGUUGUUCCCAAGGACGGCAAGGUCUCGUUCUACGCUUCCAUCCUCGCAGCCGUCGCAGGCAAGCGUACUGAAGGAUACCAGACCAGUCUGACCGACUACUUUGGCCUUUCGAUCGCCGACAAGAUCCUCAAUGGCUCAACGUAUGGCAAUAAGUACAGUGUUGAAUGGAGCGAUGUCAAGAACACGUCUUCGUUCACCGACGCUUCCAUGCCGUUCCCCAUCAUCAUUGCAGAUGAACGAGAACCGGAUGAGCUCAUCAUCCCGCGCAACACCACCAUCUGGGAGUUUAACCCGUACGAGUUCGGAUCUUGGAACCCCAACGUCUCGGCGUUUAUCCCGAUCGAGAUUCUGGGUUCCAGUCUGAACAACGGAUCGAGCGUCUUGCCGGAUGGGGCGUGUGUUGGAGGCUACCAGACGGUCGCCUGGGUGACCGGAACAUCGGCAACGCUAUUCUCGGGUCUCUACCUGACGCUCGUCAGCAGUUCGAGCGACAACAUCAUCGUCAGCGCUCUCAAGGAGAUCGCACAGGCGGUAUCUCAGGAAAAGAACGACGUCUCGCUUGUGCCCAAUCCCUUCUACGGUUAUCGGGGCAAUGGCAAUGUGCAAGUGGCAGACUUUCGCAACAUCACAUUGGUAGAUGGAGGCUUGGACAAUGAAAACGUUCCAUUGUGGCCGUUGGUAGAGCCAGCGCGAGGCUUGGAUGCUGUGAUCGCGAUCGACAGUUCGGCCGACAUCACCAACUGGCCCAACGCAUCUGCGCUAUAUCAAACCUCGUUGCGAGCGCUGUACCCAAAGUAUCGCAACUACGCAUUCCCGCGCAUACCCGAUACAAACACGAUCAUCAACCGCGGUCUCAAUACGCGACCUGUCUUCUACGGCUGCGACGCGUCGGCUAACGUAACGAAUUCCGCGACGAGCUACAACGAGACCAAGACGCCGAUUGUGAUCUACAUGCCUUCGUAUCCCUACUCGGCACUGGCGAAUACGUCGACGUACAAACUCGACUACUCGAAGCGUCAAGCGCAGGGCGUGAUUGACAACUCGGUCCAAGUGGCUACGCUUGGUGGAGCGGAUGAUUCGUGGUCGACCUGUUUGGGCUGUGCUUUGCUGCAGAGGGGAUUCGAGAGGAGCCGUACACCGACGCCAGACGUUUGUACGACGUGUUUGCAAAAAUGGUGCUGGGAUGGCGUCACAAAUACCACGCAGCCCACGUACAGCUACAGUCCUGCCAUAGGCGUGCCUGAGUUUGUAAGCAGUAACGGAUCCCUCCAGCGCGCACCCGCCUAUACCGGCGGUAAUGGUUCCAACAGCCAGGCAUCCGACGCCAGCGACGACUCUGACUCAGCCGAAAACAACACCGCCCACACCACUCGUGCUAGUCUCCUCGCCUUGGCUCUCUCGGCUCUCAUCGCACUCGGUUCGUACUUACUGUAA